AUGAGUGACGGGCCUUGUAUGGCCGGAGCAGGUGAGAGGUGUGACGCGUGUUGCUGACGCUGCUGGAGUCGUCGCAGUCGUGGUCGUCGCUUCAGGAGCACUGGAUGCCUGUUGGCCAUUGAUCGCCUCCAUGCUCUCUCUCUCACUCUCUAUCUGCCUCGUCUCCUCCUUCCCUGCAGCCUCUCGCCUAGCCUUGGUCCUAGCCUUGGUCCUGGUCCUGGUGUUGUCUCUGGCUCCUUUUCACAUCUUCCCUCCACCACACACCACACAUCCCCUCAGCUCUCACUCAGCAGGAUCACUCGUCUCCCUGUACACGGCCCUGUAUCCAGCUUCUCUAAUACUCCUACACUCCCUUCACUAUCCUCAUUCAUGUCUGCAGCGCUAGAAAAGUCACUCGACGAAAUCAUCGGCGAAAACCCAAAACAACACGGCAGCAACAGACGUAACGGUGGGUCCGGUGGCCCUGCACGUCGUCGAGAAACCGGAGGUCCGCGUCGUUCAGGCGGAGGCAGCGGUGGCGGUGGCGGUCGUGAUCGUAAUCCUGGCAGAAUCGCGUCAACGCCGUACAGCCGUGAUUCUGGACCGCGUCGUCGUUCUAGAUCGCGUUCAGGCUCACCACAGCGUUGGCAGCAUGAUCGUGCGGAUUCUGGACGUCGUGGUGUGAGUCGUGAUCGUGGUGGCCGUGGCGGUGGUACUAUCGUGGUGACGAACUUGCAGUAUGAGAUUGAUGAGAGCCAGGUGGAGCACAUCUUUGAUGCUGUUGGUCGCAUCACCCGUGUCAACCUCGUCUCUGACCGUGCUGGGAGAUCUACAGGCAAGUGCUAUGUUGACUAUGAACGCAGAAACGACGCACUUGAAGCCGUUCGCCAAUUCGACACACGUCUGUGCGGUGGCCAGCGUCUCCAGGUUGAGUUGAUUACACUCCCUCAAAAGAACAACGAUCUCGGUAGCAGAUUGCGAUUCGAUUCUGAUAACUAUGAACGUCCUGGCCGUGGUCAAUCUGGCCGCGGUGGUGACAGCAGGCAAGGAGGAGAACGCGGUGGCCGGGGUGAUCGUCGAGGUGGCAGAAAAGAUGCUGCUGCUGCAGGUGCUGGCGGCAGUGGUAAGCGUGUUCGUCGUGGGCCUGCGACUGCUGAGCAGCUGGAUGCCGAACUGGAUGCCUACCUCAAUGCAAAAACUCCGAGCCAUUCUGAAGGUGUUGCUGGGGGAGAUGCUCCUGCUGGCGGUGAUGCUGAUGGCAUGCAGGUGGACUAGACCUUCCACAUGGCCCCUUCCCUCUUUGUACGCUACUCCUUUUUGGCUUUUACCUCUUCUAUUCUACUCUUCUGCU